UAAUGUCGGGAGUUCAAAGUUGGUUUAUUGCGACAUGAACUUGGGAGAUAUCGAUGAAUGUAAAAGCAGCAACGAUGUCUGUGACAAGAAUGCAAACUGCUCCAAUACUGUUGGGUUUUAUAAUUGCACCUGUAAAGAAGGAUUUACUGGGGAUGGACACUCAUGCUCAGAUAUAGAUGAAUGCAAAGACAGCAAUACUGUGUGUGACGUAAAUGCGAAUUGUACCAACACUGAAGGUUCUCACAACUGCACCUGUAACGAAGGAUACAUUGGCGAUGGUAAAUCAUGCCAAGUCGAGGAGUGCCAAAGUUACUCAAGUCUGACCAGUGCCGACCGUAAAUCCACAAUCCCCAAAGCCGGGUCUGCUUUGUGCGAUAACUCACUCCCCCAUGGCUGGUAUCGUUUCCAAGGAGCUGCAGGAACAAAAAUGCCAACCACUUGUCCACCAACUCAUAGGUGUACAGCUGAUAUCUCAAGCUGGUUAAAUGGAGUUCAUCCCACAGUGGCUGAGGGUCAAGUUACCAGGCAGGUCUGCUUUCACUGGUUUUCAAACUGUUGUAGAUGGUCCACCUACAUCCAAGUGAGAAACUGUGGCUCUUAUUACGUAUAUUACUUCUCUGGAGUACCAACAUGUAAUACCCGUUACUGUAGUACGGAAUAG